UGAUUAGAAAUCUGAUGAUCAGAGCGGGGAAAGACACUUGUAGCCAUAUCCAAUUGCAUUCUCUUUUAUCAAUAAUCCUCUGUUUUCUCCAAUUCAAAGCUACCUCAUCAUCAUCUUCUGUUUCAAAGAUCGUUCAAGAACUCUUGAGAACGAGUGGUGGAAUGGACGGUGGGCAGAUGUCAAGGACAGAUCUGAAGGUGGAGGUUCCACCGGAGGCUGAAACCGUGGAGGCUCAUGCGGCACCGGCACCGGCACAGCCGAGUGUGACUAGGACCAGUUGCUUGUGCUCUCCGACCACGCAUCCCGGUUCGUUCCGCUGCAGGCUUCAUCGAGCACCCAGUCUCAAGCGGACCAAAAGCAUCGACUCUCACUCCAAGUCUAAGCAAAUUUCUCCCACUGCAACUACCACUGCUGAAUGAUCCAUCGAGUAGUUCAGAUGUAUGAUGGCCUUAAUAACUCUCUCUCUCUGUGUGUGUGUGUGUGUGUGUAUAUAUAUAUAUAGUGUUUCGUAUGUUUUAUUGAUUAG